UUCAACACGCUGAAUUUUCAAUUACGUCAGAACUUGACAGAUUUGGCUGCAAAUCGUAUGGACCCUCUUUCAGCCUCGCUGUAUAUUCUACUCCGCUAUCAUUGAAAUUGCUUGGAGAUUAUUCACGAUUGGCCCGACUUAAAGUUAAUUAUGUAAUGCUCUCAAAUUGACCAAAGACUCUUAGCCUGAAAACGAAACUGACUGGAUUAUCAAUUUAUGCCACUAGUAACAUUUACUGAGCUUCAAAAUUUUCUCAACAUUCGGUCCAGCUCUGAAUUUUAACCUGAUCAUGUUCACCUCCAUUCUUGACCUUUUCCCUCUCCUCUGUCUCCUCCUCUCUGCGAGGGCCACUGCCGAAAACUCUCCUCCAUAUGUUCCUACUGAUACUAUAUUUCUCAACUGUGGAGAAUCGCCAAACACCGCACACAAAAUUGAUGGGAAGAACUGGGAUGGCGAUGAACACUCCAAAUUCUAUCCCUCCAACUCCGGAACCAACUCCUUUGUAUCCAGAGCACCUUACCAAGAUCAAUCUGUUCCCGCAGUCCCUUACAUGACAGCACGUAUCAUUCGCUCCAAUUUCACCUACACCUUACCCGUCUCUGCCGGACAAAAAUUCCUCCGCCUAUACUUCUAUCCCGUUCCAUACUCUGGCCUUGAUAUAACCACUUCCUUCUUCUCCGUCUCCGCAAAUAAUUACACUCUUUUAAACAACUUCAGCGCCUAUCUCACUGUUUCCGCCAUGGAUCCUCCUGUUGCCGCCAUGAUUAAAGAAUUUGUCAUCACCAUUUCGGAAGAGCAAAUAUUGUACCUAAACUUCAAUCCAUCUCCAAGCUCAUUGGCGUUCAUCAACGGUAUUGAGGUAGUUUCGAUGCCAGAAAAUUUAUAUGUCAAACAAAAUGAUAUCCCUAUCACUUUUGUUAACAACAGAUGUACGUUCUUCUAUUUCGAUCAACCUGUCGCUCUCGAAACAGCUUACAGGCUAAACGUUGGAGGUCUACAUGUUUCCAGCGCCCAAGAUACCGGCAUGUUUAGGGAUUGGAAUAGCGAUUUGGAUUACAUAGAUCCCCAAGUUCGUGGUACCACGCCUUUUCUGUCUAAUGCUACAAUAAAAUACACCUCAGACACUCCGGCAUACGUUGCACCGACGAUUGUCUACACCACUUCCCGUACAAUGUAUCCUGAUUCUAAUGUCAGCAAGAAUUAUAAUCUUACAUGGAUCUUCUUAGUUGAUCCGGGGUUCAAUUAUCUUGUUAGACUCCAUUUUUGCGAGACCAUGAAGGAGAUCACUCGAGAAAAUCAACGAGUGUUUUCUAUAUUCAUCAAUAAUCAGACCGCGUGUGACGAUGCGGAUAUAAUCCACUGGGCUGGCGGUUCCGGGAUUCCGGUAUACAAGGACUUCGUCGUGUUAGUUCCAGCUCAAAACACUGGUAAGCAAGUCUUCUGGCUCGCCUUGCACCCCAUGUUGGACCUGGAUCCAUUACCAAAGUACGCCAAUGCUAUCUUGAAUGGUCUAGAGAUUUUCAAAUUAAACAACUCUAAUGGCAAUCUUGCUGGACCAAACCCUGAUUGGAAGCCGAAGCCUAAUCCACAACAACCGCAGCCACGUUCACCGGAGAGAGCAAAGAAUAUAAGGAGGUUACUAAUUGUUAUUAUUAUUGCGGCUGUGUUUAUUGUUGCUUUUUCAUUUUCACUUCUGUGUUUCAUCGUUUUACGGCGGAAGUGGAAGGGAGGUAAAGAAUCUGCUUCUGGGACUACUAAACAGACCAAAUCAUCAUGGGGUCCAAUCUCUUACACCAAAACCUCCGUAAAUACCAACGCUUCGUCACUACCUUCCGAUAUCUGCCGCCGAUUUUCAAUCGUUGAAAUCAAAGAGGCCACAUCCGAUUUCGAUGACCAAUAUAUAAUUGGCUCGGGAGGAUUUGGCCAAGUGUAUAAAGGAUAUAUCGAUGAUGGGUCCACAGCAGUGGCGAUCAAACGGUUGAAUUCAUCAUCCAAUCAAGGAAUCCACGAGUUUCACACGGAGAUUGAGAUGAUCUCAAAAGUUCGCCACCUUCAUAUCGUCUCUCUGAUAGGUUACUGUGUUGAUUUCGGCGAAAUGAUUCUUGUUUACGAGUACAUGUCACGCGGCAACCUCAGAGAUCAUCUCUACAAAACCAAGAACCCUCCUUUGCCAUGGAGUCGCCAUGAAAACAUACGUAUGCAUUAA